AAAAAAAAAAAAAAAAAAAAAAAAACAAGCAGAGAAACGAUCAUAUUCCAUUCCUUCCUACCUCGAAACUUCGAUAUAUAGCGAGGAGCAUGACUCACGAUUGUCAAAAGUCGGGGCUCCACGCUGUUAAAAUGGGACCAACUGUUGCCUGACCUUUUUAACCAAAGUUACAUCAGUUUAAACGACGGACGAUUUUUCAUCCGUCACUGGCACGGUUAUGCUCUUCACACUGUGCUCGAUCAAUUGUACUCCUUGUAUGAUUUUUCAUAAAUGUGAAGACAUUCGAGAGACGAUUUUUGUCCUGAACAUAUUUCGAGUCUUCUGUCGUUUCGAUACUCGUCUCGAAGACAGGGCAAUUAAAACGACUCCCGUUUGCGAAUCUAAACGAUUCAAACCAGAGGAAAAAUACACUAGCUCGUAAAGAUAACAAAACCGACAGAAACGAAAGGAACACUGUCGGACGACACCACCACGAUUUAGUUGAAAGAUACGGUCUUUUAACUGUUCGCUGAAAUACAUUCGACCGGAGAAUGUUCAGAUAAUGAUAUCAUCAUUCCUGUCGUACGACGAAGAGCUUCUGAACAGCGCCUACGCGAACGUAAGUCUAAUCGCCGACAAAGCUUGGACCAUCGACAAGGAGGAUCCGUUUCAAAAACUAAAUCAAUCACUGUCGAUUCAGAAUUACAAAUUGACCGCAAAGUACAGAGAGAACGGUACCUAUCGAACGAAAAGCGUACGCGACGUUAUCCCUAACUCCCGUUUGGCCAGCUAUGGCAAUUACGAGUACAACGAGGACCGGGAGAGCGUGUACAAGUCGGACGACAAUUCGUCGCCUGUCUCGCUGCCGAAUUUCUGCUGGACGGAAGUUACCGAGCCGUGGAUGCUGCCGGAGGUCGAGAAGCACUUCGCCUGGUUAACUUCCGGUGGAGUUGCGCGAUCGAGUCGUGAACUGUUAGCUCUUACACUUACACGCACAUCGGUAACAAGGAUACCGGAGCCGGACGAUGUGUCGAAGGUCGGAUGCGGUUUCAAGUCGCACUGGGAAGACUAUGCGCGCAGUCUGAGACUGAGCCCGACGGGGAAGAAGGCGAGAACGAACCACCACGAGCCGAGCAAAGAGACAAACCUGAUCGGUAAUACGCCUGCGAUCGAACUGACGUACCUAGGGCUGGAGUCAGAUCCUAGCGAAAAGUCGGAUGAUCGUUACGAGUGUCAGCGUUACACCAUCGAGAAUUCAAUGGAGAUGCAGCUGCACGUACGCGUAACCAGCGACGCUGUCCGAAACUUGUGGAAAACGGGCGGUGGCAACGCUCGGCAACAAUUCCUCCAGCAGCGGAUGCGUUUGCAGUGCUGCAGCAAGCUGCAACAGCCUUGCGAGCAAAACAGCCAGAGCAAGGAACGUCAGCAACAGUUCUACUACGCGGUUCAGUAUCGACCGGUGAUACUUAGGACAGAGUAUCAGGCAGCGAGAACGGAGGCCCACGGUGUGAGGAAACAUCUGCCGCCGGCUCUCAGCCCGGAGGUGCCGGAAUUCUUCCCGAAAGUGCCGGUAAUGCGGUACAGCAGCAGCAAGGAGCAAAAUGCCAAUCGCGUGCAAUAUUUUCCAUCGCUCAACGAGCGAAGUUACCAAAACGAGCUGUUCCCUUAUAAUAGAACUUAUGAGAACAGCACCGGAGCAAUAUAUCAGAGUACGGGUGUACCUUUGCUGUCGGCUACCGAUACGACCACCACGUUUAUCAGACCUCCGCAACAAUGGUACCAGAGAGUUCCACCGCCACCGGCGCAAAUACAAAUACCCGGCUCUUCGUCGAACCCGAUCGGUUGCACUUCUGUCCAACCAUUGCGAACUACUACCAUUACCCAUCACCCUCUGCAGGUGCAAGAGAAAUUUUUACAAUCGAACCCUAUACCGAUACCGGUGUAUCAGCAUCCCAUAGAAUUGUACCACGAAACGGGGCAAAAACGGAAGAACCAGGGUGUUGAUUUCAAGAAUUUGAUACUGCUGACGAGGAACGCGAUGAAGGCGCAUCGUGGACAAUCGAAAAGCUCGCAACAAAAGCCAUCGUAUCUCGAAGGGAAGAACCGCAGUACCAAAACGGAAUCGGAAGUCCUUCAAUGGCUGGACAAAAGUCGUCCACCGAAAACGAAGGAAUUCAACGCUCUGGCGACGGAAUUGAGGAAUUACGAUGGAAGAAGCGAUAGAAAAACUUGCAUUUCCAGGAGGGAAAAGGACGGUGGGAGAACCAGCGAACGAAUGAAAUCAGAGGUGCAAGGUUCGAUCAGCGAAAGAGAUAAAAAUGACACGCGGAACAGAAGAAGACUAUACAGAGACGUGUUGACCAAUGCUUCGGCGAACCAAGCCAGCUUGGAGAACGUGUUUGAAAAAAGAUACGACGAAUUAGAGCAACAGGCAAUGGAACAGUACAGAACAUCAGAGGAAUCUCUGGCGCUUAAGUAUCAAGAACUCGAGCGGCAGGCGAUGGAACAAUACAAGUGUUGUGGAGGAAAUGCGCAAGAGGAAGGGCCGGUUUCGCGUGCGCUGACGGAUGAUAAAAAAAUCCGCGAAAGUUUCAAGCAAAAUUUUAAAGAAGAAAACUGUUACGACGGACAGAAAUGUCCUGGUUUCGGGAAAUGUAGUCCCAUGAAUACGGAGAAGAAAGAAGGAGAUAAUUUUCUAGAGAACCAAGAUAAUCUUGCACAAACAGAAAGUACUAAUGAAUCGGAUGUCCCUGGUCGAUGUUUGUCCGACAAAAAUAGACGAUCGAAUACUCUGUCGAGAAACUUAACCACGUUGCCCGAGGAACUAUCUCACGAAUCGAAAAACACAGCUAAGGGUGCAUCAGGUGAUGAAAUCAACAGAAGUGUUUCAGUCCGGGCAUCGUCGAAAAGGCGUCUGAUACUGGUGUCACCCUUCGAGAAAGAAUCAGAAGCCAAACUAACGAGGUCGACCGAUCUCGAAGAAUUUUACUGUAUAACACAAGCGAAUAAAAAUAUUUUCGGCUACUACAAUAACUCAAAAGUCGGACAGAUCGGUGGUGGAGACGAGAACAUAACUAUCAUUCAAUCUCCCAGAACAGAAGGUACAGGUCAUUUUUGGGGAUAUGAAAUGGAAAUGGUAUAUAGUAGGCUUUUUUAAUAUUUGUUCUACUACUACUAGUCUGGCUCUCGGGCUUUUGGACUACGUGAAGAUUGGAACAUCUGGGGAGCCAUAUCCGAGGAAGGAAUGAACAUUAUCGGGCUAGGUUCGUUAAAAAAACGCAACCACGUUACAUGAAUUAAUGUAUUUAAAUAUCAUAAUAAAUGCU